GUCUUCCUCGACUCCCCUCGCUCUCCUCAUCCCGUCUCCAAACCUUGACAGGAGUUUGAAAUUUCCGGGCUUAUGUUGGAGGCUGCGAUUGGCCCAGGAGGAGCUUACCUACAUGCAAAUGAAGCAACGCAACCUUGCUGCCUCUGAUCCAGAGCGUGAGGAGGAGGACCAGGAAUACACUCAUGUUCCCCGAGCUCUAGAAAAAACACCUUCAACUCCUUCAAUGUUAAAACUCCACAAUUAAACCGACUACAGGGGGGGAAGGAAAGACAGAAAGAAAGAAAAAAAGAAAGAAGAAGACAAAAGCCGCUUUCGUAAUUUUUACGCACCAAUCGUGUAGAAACCAAUAACGGAAUACAAGGGGACAGUCAGAUUCAGGCAAUACUUCAAUACUGUUAUGAAGCGAGAAUGAGUAGCGCAGAAGACAGCGGGAGCAAGUGCUCGUCGGGCCCGAUUUCCAGCUUUACCAUCCAGUCGAUUCUAGGCACGCAGUCUGAUGCGCCGCGCUCCGGGAACAAGGAGCUCUCCAAGGGGCCGCCGCCGCCGCCGCGGAGGCGCUCGCUGUCGGUGUCCUCCGAGGAGGAGUGCAGCGGUGGGGAGGACUCUGCAGACUGCUUCUGCUCCGACACGGGUCACAGCGAGCCAUGCACCCAGCACCAAGCCCAUAACUUCUGUUUAGGUCCCCCUAAAGGACUGCUGUCUGGGAGUGACGGGCUGCCGCGGCGGCCGCACCUGCCACAGCCUCUGCUGCAGGAUUACAAGGAGGAGCAGGAGAGACCGUGCCAUCAAAUGUCACCCCUGUCGGAGGAGAGACAGACGGACGGUGCGGACAAGCAGGGCAACUCAGCCAAGAAGAAGACGCGCACGGUUUUCUCCCGGAGUCAGGUGUACCAGCUGGAGUCCACCUUCGACAUGAAGCGGUACCUGAGCAGCUCGGAGCGGGCCUGCUUAGCCUCCAGCCUGCAGCUGACGGAGACUCAGGUCAAGACGUGGUUUCAGAACAGGAGGAACAAAUGGAAACGGCAGCUAUCAGCUGAACUGGAGGCGGCCAACAUGGCCCACGCCUCCGCACAGACACUAGUGGGGAUGCCGCUGGUUUUCAGAGAUAACUCCUUACUGCGUGUUCCGGUUCCCCGCUCUAUCGCCUUUCCGACGCCCCUGUAUUACCCGGGGAGCAACCUGCCAGGGUUACCUUUAUACAACCUGUACAACAAGAUUGAGUACUGACUCUGCUGUAUGUUCACCACUGCAGUCCACGUAAAAAAACAAAACAAAACACGCAUUACAAAACAUUCUUAUAAGUGUCUCCACAUAACCCUGUAUAUUAAUUGUAUCACUUUAUUUGUUGAGGAAAUUCUUAUUAUGCAGAAACUGUACGUCUCACAAGAAAGCAAUCCAGCUUCCCUUAAAAUGUAUAAAAUACACCAUGUGUAUAAUUAAUUACAAUAAUUUUUGUACUUUUAUUUUCCUCCUUUCACUGAUAAAACAAUGGGAGUUUAACAGUCAUAUCAGUUUCAAGAAGAAAAAAGGAUCCCACCAUUUAAAAAAGAAGCUUUUACACUGUUUUUAUUCAUAAUUGGUUCGUCACAUAUUUU